AACAAGAUUAAGAAAAUGAAGGAUCGUUUUACCAGAAUAGCCCAGGAAGUGCCCAGCAUGCUGCUGAUUAUGCUACUGCCCUUGCUCAUCGGAAGCACUGCCGCAUUUCCGGAUGGGGCCCCAGCCGAUACGUGUGUGAAGCAGCGCGCGAAUCAGCCCAACCACGGAAAGGCCCGUACACAGCCAGCCCACACAAAUCCCUUUGAGGUGGUGGCCGAUGCCCAGAGCUACCAUCCGGGUCAGCAGAUCUCUGUGGUCAUCUAUCCGCACGCACAGCAGAGCACGGUCUUCAGGGGCUUCUUCCUGCAGGCCCGCGACGCGCACUCCAAUGAGUGGAUUGGCGAGUGGGUCCAGAGCGAGAACACAAAAACCAUACCUGAGUGCUCGGCCAUAACGCACUCGGAUAACCGGGACAAACUGGGGGCCAAGCUGCUAUGGAAGGCGCCGCAGAACAAGCGCGGCAAUGUUUACUUUACCGGCACUGUGCUACAGGAGUACGGCACCUUCUGGAGCGACAUCGUUAACAAGGUGCAGGCCGAGCCGCAAUAACGAAAAUUAUGUACCUAUUUAUAACAGCUGUACUCGUAUAUACCCUGUACUGGGCAAUAAAUCUUUAAAACCCU